AUGCCUAUUGAUUACUCAAAAUGGGACAAGAUUGAGUUGUCAGACGACUCUGACAUCGAAGUGCACCCCAAUGUUGACAAGAAAUCAUUCAUCAAAUGGAAACAGAGAGAUAUCCACGAGAAACGCCAGCAGCGGAACUUGGAAAUCAAAUCUAUCUUGCUCCAGUUGACAAUGUACACCAAGUUGAACGAGCGUGUGGAUUUCCUUUUACUGGAAAUUCCAGAGCCAGGGCUCACAGAUACGACGAAGGUUAUGGCUCUACUCGACGCCCGGUUUGACAAAACCGAAAAAUUUGACUAUGAAAAGAUGAAAGAGGAAAAAGGGGAUACCAUGAGAAAAGGUCUCAGAGAUUUGGCAUUCGAUGCCGAGGAAAUUGAGAACACACCGCCAUAUAACGAAAUGAUCGAGGAUUUGCUCAUUCAGGUAAAAGAAGACCACCCCGACGCUGCUGAAAAUGGUUUGGUGUUGGCAAACUACUUGAAAGAACACAGAGCCAAGAUCGAUGACCUCUUGCUGAAACAGGCAAUUAAGCUUGACGACUUGAUUUAUCAGAAAUCUUUGUUGAUCAGUAGUGAUGAUUACCACACAGGGUUCGAUCGCUCGUUUUUGAACAAAGAUAACGAAGAAGAGGAGACAGUGAAGUCGGCUGAAACACCGAAAGCCUCUAUUGGUAAUGCGUUCCAAAAACAACCUAAAACAAUAACUCAAACAGAAACAAUCAAUUAUCUGUCUGUGACUCAUGAUUCUAUGUCACCCUCUGCCAAUAUUGUGCCUGAGAACGAAACGUGCGCCAAAACUGAGCAAGAUGCUUUUGAUGAGUUGGAGGUUCGCCCUGACACUGCAGUGUUCGCCAAGAUUCCAUACAAGGACUUGGAGAAAAGUGCAGAGUUCUUGAUCAAACAUCCAUACAUCUGCACAGAAAAUCAGAAAGACUCCUUGAUUAUGACUGCGUUUGACUUCCAGCUUGAGGGAAACACUGAUGGAGCAAGACAAGUGAUUUACCAAUCAUUGUUGCUACAGUAUAUCGCGCAAUUGGCUGGUCCCAAAGCCAAUAAGGACCAGACAAUCAGGGCCAUUAAGUUGUUCUUUUCCAAGCUAAAGGAGACCACACUGCAAGCGAAUCGAGCAUUUGUUCAGGAUGUGGAAAACACCGUAAAUCAUAUCAAGCAAAGAUGUGAGGUAAUCCUGCUGGAACACCAGGCAGGAGGUGAUGGAGAAGAGGCCUUGAUUCAAUUGAAGUCAUUAGAUGAAAGUACCGAAUUGCUGGUCAAUACCCCUGAGGAAGGAACCGAGGAGCACGAAAUUUUUGUUACAAAGCUAAGUCCUGAGAUGCAAGCCGCGAUUCACACUGGUUCGUUGGACGAAGUCAAUAAGGUUUUUGCUCUGAUGAAGGUAGAGGAUGCUGAGAGAGUGCUAGAGAUUUUUCAAGAAUGCAAUGUCAUUGGAAUAAGCGGUGUAUUGGAAAACGAAGAGGAAUUCGAAAAGUUAAAGGAGCAGUACGAUGAGAAUCUUCAAAUUGAAGAUGAAGAUGAGAGCAUCCCGGUGCCUGCUGCGCAAGAAAUUCAAUUCAACACCGCAGAUGAGGUCGACUAA